GCCAUGUUGAGGAUCUAAACGCGCUCGCCCGGCCUAAUGGAAGAAGGCACCAAGACCAAGAAAACCAUCUUCGUCGGCGGAAUCGGCGACGACGUCGACGAGGCUGUCCUCCUCGACAACUUCGCCACCUUCGGCGAUGUAAUCGAAGUACAGCUACCGCCCGCUCCAACUAAUCCCUCCCAUCCUAAUGAAACGAAGCACCGAGGUUUCGCGUUCGUUACGUAUGCCUCUCCAGCGGACGCCCAAGACGCCAUUGACAAUAUGGACCUCAACGAGCUCAAUGGCCGGGUGCUGAGAGUGAACCUCGCGCGCCCCAUGAAGGGCCCGACACAAGCUCCUGGAAACAGAGCAAUCUGGGAGUCUGAGGAUUGGCUUCGCCAACAUGCCAAGCCGCUAUCACAAAGUGGCGGUGCCCCCUUACGCGGCCAAGGCAAGGGAGGCUCUGAGGAGCCCGCAGAAGGUCAAGGGGAAGACGAGGCGAUGGAGGAAUGAAAGGCAUUCCGAGACUAUGCGGCAUCUAGCAUGAGGAUCAUGCGUCGGACUUUUCGAAUUUUUGUAGUGCGGCCACAAGCGUGGCGGAUUACACUGGUGCUCGCGUGUACUACAAAAGACACACUUUCAUAUCACGAUGAUAAG